CCGGUGAAACCCAAACAUCUCGGUGACAAAGUAACGUUCGCGGUGGAUAGGCUGCCAGCGGUGCAUGCUUUUAGUUACACAGUGGUGGAUGUUUACCUACCCUGGAUCUCUCUGAUCCAGCGUACAAAAUAAUGGAAACACCAUAUGACAGAGGACUUUGGAUCACCUAAGGAGCAAUUACAGGGCCUGCUACCUGCCUGCCAGUUGGGAUUGUCUUCUGUCGGCUCCAAAAGAAGCUGUCUUUAAAGCAAUAUGAGUGACCUAACAGAGUUUGAAAGAUGCCAAAUAGUUGCUGCACGACUAUCGGGUGCAUCUGUCACAAAAACGGCACAGCUGUUCAAUGUGGCAAGAGGAACCGUCUCCAGAGUCAUGACUGUAUACAUCAAGCAUGGACGAACGGCAUCAGCAAAGAAGAACAGCGGGCGCAAGUCGAAGCUCACUGAAAAGGAUAGACAGACACUCCUCAGGAUAGUUGAUGAGCACCCUGAGUAUACAGCAUCAAAAAUAACCUCGGAGCUGAACAGACACCUCUCUCACACCGUCUCAGUAAAAACUAUACGCCGCGAGCUUCACAAAGCUGGGAUUUUUAGAGGAGCGUCCAGUCGGAAGACGGAGGCCGAGACUGACGCGCAGCAGCCAGAUGGAAGGGAUGCUAAACCUGAGCCUGAAAAAGAGAGUGGCGCACAAAAAACGGGUGAAGAGAGCACAAGACCUGAAAGGCAAACAAAUGACAAAGACUACGGCACACAAAAGUCUGUGGAAGACAUAAGAAUAUCUGAACCCCAAGCCGGUGUCGGAGAGUACAACAUAGAAGAGAGGACACAGCCUGAAUCAGAAGUCAGCGAAGAAGAGUGCAGCACACACCAGCCGGGUGAAGAGAGCACAGGACCUGAACCUCAGACCUAACGUGUUGUAUUUCUGCCUUUCUAAUACGUCCACAUUGGUCAUGUUAAGGGAAAAUCACAGGAUGCCUAAAUCCCUUAAUUACAUUUCAGUUUCUAGAUUGUAUUAUUUAUUUUUGCAUGAAUGCAUAACGGUGCAAUAUUCUGGCUUCUCGCAAGCUUUUUUACAUAUUUCCUGGAUUAUAAAUAAACAGUGAACUUAAAUGUAGACUGUUGAGAAUUAUCCUUAAUACUUUAAAUAUUCAUACUGUAGAUGUCUAACAGUAUAUUAUAUUGUUUAAAACACUCAAUUCAAUACAGAUAAUUACAGUUCAAUGUGAUUUGAAUCUGAGUCAUCGCAUUCCUCCCACGCUACCUCUUUGCUUUUAUAUUAUACUUUUCAUGUUUAUAGCACCUGCAUGUGCAUAGCUGGGGUGGGACACAAAGCAUCAGACAACAUAUGUAAUGUUUGUUCUGCAUAUUAAAAUGUUACACUGAAAAAUCAAAAGUUGUCUGUAUGUUCUAUUGUUUCUAUUGAAAUACACUCUGCUCAGUUGUCUUAAUGAUGUUUCUGAUGUUUUAUUCACCUCAUAUCAAUGAGGUCAGACAAUACAUUAGAAGUACCGCUGUACAACCUGUGGCAAUACAACAGAGGUGAAAUAAUAUUUGGAUACUUUACUUAAGUAAAGUACUAAUAAAGCACUGAAAAACGUUUGACAACACAUCACACUUUUAGAUACAUAUUUCUGCUGCAUUAAUCUGUUGCUUUUUACUGCUGAAUAUGGUUAUGGUUGUGCUCAAUAUAGCUACUUUAAUACUGUUGGGUAGUUUAAUCUUCAGCAUUGCAACAUAUUCAAUAUGAUCAU